GACCACCUCUGUGCCCUCUUCUACAAGAGUAACCACAACUUCAUCCCCUGAGACAACAACAUCCUCAUCAACAGAGAGCACCACUACUUCAACAACAACUGUGUCUACGGAGACAACUACAACAGAAAAACCAACAACUACAAAAUCAACACAACCAACCGAGACUACCACCACUGCUAAACCAACCACUACUUCAGCAACAACUGUGACCACAGAAACCACCACACCUACAACAGAAACCUCAACAGCUCCCUCUACAUCCACCCAUGAAACCUCAACAACUAUAAACCACUCUGAAACAACUGAAUGUGGCUGCCAUUACAACGGGAAGCUGUUUCCACGUGGUUCACUGCUGUAUAACACUACUGAUGGCGAUGACUGGUGCUUCACUGCUUUCUGCAACGAGACGUGUGAAAUAGAGAAACACUCCAAGCACUGUCACACCACUGCUUCUCCUCCAACCACAAGCGCCCAGACCUCCACUGCAGUUGGCCCAACAACACCAGGGAAGACAACUACAGCCAAAUCAACUCCCACAAAGACAGAGUCCUCCACUGCUGAGACAUCAGCCACAGCUCCAACCACCAGCCUCCCAACCACAACUCAUCCAUUAAACUGUGACCAGCUUACACCUCCUAGAAAGCAUGGCGAAUCAUGGCAAAUUGAUGCAUGUACCACAGCAAUAUGCCAAGGAAGUUCCAAUAUAACCCUGGAGUCAGUGUACUGUGAGGCUGUUACACCACUUGAAUGUGAGAAUGGCCGCCCCCCAGUCAAGGUCUUUGAUGAAUCUGGAUGCUGCUUCCACUAUGAAUGUGAAUGUGUCUGCUAUGGGUGGGGAGACCCUCAUUAUGUCACCUUUGAUGGACAAUACUAUGGCUUCCAAGGAAACUGCACCUAUGUGUUGGUGAAGGAGAUCAUCCCCAAAUAUGACAACUUCACCGUUAUCAUUGACAAUUAUUUGUGUAAUGCCAGAGAUGGCCUUUCUUGCCCCAGGGCUCUGACUGUGUAUUACAAGUCCUAUGAAGUGAUCUUGAGGCAGGAGAUAACUCAAGGAGUAGCAACAAACCUGAUCUACAUCAACCAAAAGAAAAUCAUCCCGGCUUAUACUAAUGAGCAUCUUACAAUUACAAGCAGUGGAAUUGACAUGGUUCUGGAAAUCCCAGAGAUCAACGCUCUAGUCUCAUUCAAAGGCCUCAUGUUCAGCAUCUUCUUGCCCUACUCCCUCUUCCAUCACAACACGGAAGGACAGUGUGGUACCUGUGACAACACAAGGAAAAAUGACUGCAGGCUGCCAAAUGGACAGAUAGAUCCCUCAUGCCCUGACAUGGCCAAACACUGGCGUAUUCAUGACAAGAAUAAACCCUACUGUGACACUACAACUACAGUGCAGCCUCCUGUGACACCACUGCCACCAGGAACAACUGUAACUUCUACUAAGCCUUGCAAACCAGCUAUCUGUGAUAUCAUCCAAAGCAAGGUGUUUGAAGAGUGCCGCACAGUGAUUCCUGCGCUGCCCUUCUACGAGGCCUGCAGGUUUGACGUCUGCCACAUGCCCCACACCAAGAUCGGCUGCUCCAGCUUGCAAGCGUACGCCGCCCUGUGCGCAUCGGUCGGAGUCUGCGUCGACUGGAGGAGCGCGACAGGGGGAGAAUGCGACUAUAACUGCUCAGCAACCAAGGUGUACAAGCCAUGUGGACCAGCAGUGCAGCCAACCUGCAAUGCAAGGUACAAUGAGAAAUUCAUCCAGCAGAGCAGCAGAGAGCAGACAAGUGACUUCACUGAGGGCUGCUUCUGCCCCCAGGGGACGAUCCUGUUCAACUCCUUCUCAGACAUCUGUGUCCCCUCCUGCGACUGCACUGGACCAGAUGGGAAACCAAAACUGCCUGGCGAGACGUGGGACAGUAACUGCAACGAGUGUGUGUGUGACGUCGAUUCAAUGAGCGUGCAGUGCAAACCCCGGCAAUGCCCCAGGCAGCCCCCCGUCACCUGCAACAAGGAGGGCCAGGUGCUGGUAACUGAGACAGUCGACUGCUGCAACAAGUCCCGAUGUGAGUGUGAUGUAAAACUCUGCCCAAAACCACAAAACAACUGUAAACUAGGAUUCAGACCAGUGAUAACAACCCCAGAAGGAAGCUGCUGUGCUGUUUAUAAAUGUGAACCAAUAAGUGUCUGUGUUUUCAAUAAUACUGAAUACAAGCCAGGUGCCAGUGUCCCUAAAGACACAUGUGAGUUGUGCCAGUGCAGUUAUGAGGUGGAUCCCAAUACAAGACUGAACAUCAUUGCCUGUAAACCAAUGAGCUGUGACAAAAACUGUCAGCUGGGUUUUACAUAUCAAGCUGUCCCUGGACAGUGCUGUGGCCAGUGUGUACAGGACAGCUGUGUCAUCAUGCUGCCAGACCACACAGUGCAUGUCAUUGAGCCUGGAGACACCUGGUCGCCCCCUGGUGACAAAUGUGUGAAAUAUGAGUGUGUGAAGAUCGAGGAUCAGUUUGUACCAGUAGAGGCCAAGAUCACCUGCCCUCUCUUCAACCGCAAGGACUGCAUUCCUGGCACAGAGACAAUUGCCCCAGAUGGCUGUUGCCAUGUCUGUGUUCCAAUACCAAGGAACUGCAACAUUAAGACGAAAACCACCUACAUCACCAACAACGGCUGCCAAUCCAGCAAACCUGUGGACAUCACGUCGUGUGGGGGCUCCUGUGGAACCUACUCCAUGUACUCUGCGGAGGCCAACGCCAUGGACCACACCUGCUCCUGCUGCCAGGAGAUGGACACCACUCAGAAGCAGGUGCAGAUGGUUUGCCCCGACGGCACCACGUUCAGCCACUCCUACACCUACGUUGAGAAGUGCGGCUGCAAGGAGAUCGAGUGUGAGGACUGGGACACCCAGCAGUCUACCAGCAAGGGUCAGGAGCCCUCCAAGUCCUCAAAGGGCCGGAAAGUGUACAGAAGGCGACGGUGAACUCGAGGAGAAUGAAGACUGCACUACCCUGAUUUUAACCCCGAAUCCUGUGCUUUUGUUUCUCCUACAUUUAAAAUAUCUGUUACACAGUUAAAAUUAAUCAAUUUAAUUAGACAGGGAUUAGGGGUUAGGUAACUGCUGCAAAUUUAUUUAUUUUAAACACAUCUUUGAAGUCUAUAUUUUAUUAAUAUGCACAACUAUAUAUAAAACCAAGUGAAACUAAAUAAAACACAAUUUCCCUCUUUUGAAUACCCCUACUUAGAUAAAAUAUUAUGAGUUUGUCUAAAUCUAGACUUUUUUCUCUGUGAUUAAAUACUACAUAAAUAUGUAUCACUUCUGUCAACUUCACCAAAUUUGACUGUAGUGUGCAAAUGACAAUGUGCUCCUUUCUGUAAUUAAUAAAUUGUAUCCCUUUGCAUACAA